AGUAGGGAGGAACGCCGGGACCAAGCGCUGUAGGAAACCUUACCGGCAAGACGCCGGACUCGCACAAGCCGGAGCUGGCAGGGGGCGGGGCUCGGCGCCGUCUGCUGGGGGGGCGGGGUCUUGGGCUCGAAAGGGUGGGCUUUGGAGGGCGGCUAAUCGCCACUACGUAGUUGCCCACACUCCUCGGCUUCCACCCUACCGCAAACCCGGGCCCCGCCGGCCUUUGGGGUAACCAUGGAGUCCACACUGGGCGCGGGCAUUGCGAUGGCUGAGGCGCUGCAGAACCAGCUACCCUGGCUGGAGAACGUGUGGCUCUGGAUCACCUUUCUGGGCGAUCCCAAGAUCCUCUUUCUGUUCUACUUUCCCGUGGCCUACUACGCCUCUCGCCGCGUGGGCAUCGCGGUGCUCUGGAUCAGCCUCAUCACCGAGUGGCUCAACCUGGUCUUCAAGUGGUUUCUGUUUGGAGACAGGCCCUUUUGGUGGGUCCAUGAGUCUGGAUACUACAGCCAGGCUCCAGCCCAGGUUCACCAGUUCCCCUCUUCUUGUGAAACUGGUCCAGGCAGCCCUUCGGGACACUGCAUGAUCACAGGUGCAGCCCUCUGGCCCGUAAUGACGGCUCUCUCUUCCCAGGUGGCCACUAGAACCCGCAGCCACUGGGUAAGGGUAAUGCCUAGCCUGGCUUAUUGCACCUUCCUCCUGGCGGUUGGCCUAUCCCGGGUCUUUAUCUUGGCGCAUUUCCCUCAUCAGGUGUUGGCUGGCCUAAUAACUGGUGCUGUCUUAGGCUGGCUGAUGGCUCCCCGGGUGCCCAUGGAGCGGGAGCUAAGUUUCUAUGGAUUGACAGCACUGGCCCUCAUGCUGGGUGCCAGCCUCAUCUAUUGGACCCUCUUUACACUGGGCCUGGAUCUCUCUUGGUCCAUCAGCUUAGCCUCCAAGUGGUGUGAGCGGCCCGAGUGGGUGCAUGUGGACAGCCGGCCCUUUGCUUCCCUGAGCCGUGACUCAGGGGCUGCCCUGGGUCUGGGCAUCGCCCUACACUCUCCCUGUUAUGCCCAGGUACGGCGGGCACAGUUGGGAAAUGGCCAGAAGAUAGCUUGCCUUGUGCUAGCCUUAGGGCUCCUGGGCCCCCUGGACUGGCUGGGCCACCCUCCUCAGAUCAGCCUCUUCUACAUCUUCAAUUUCCUUAAGUACACCCUCUGGCCAUGCCUGGUCCUAGCCCUUGUGCCCUGGACAGUACACAUGUUCAGUGCCCAGGAAACACCACUCAUCCGCUCCUCCUGACUUCUCCUGCUUCCUUUUGCCCUUUCCCUCCCAACACUCUGAGACUACCAUACUCCAGAGGCAACUGCACACCCUUCCAGCCCCAAGCAGGUCCUAUUCACCCGAAGUAUCCUGCUUCUCCCACCACUUGGUCUUAGCUGCAAAGAAGGGCCUUUUUUUUCCUGCAGAGACUAGUCCUAUUGCCUUUCUUCUCAAGGCCCCUAAGAACAAAGGCAACUGCAAGACCAGUAGCUUCCUGCAACACUGUGAGGGGCAGCUGGGGCAGCCCCAAUAAAGCCCUUGAACCCUU